ACCAUCCCUCUAAUAUAAGUUACAAGAGUAGCCCACCAACCUCUCCCUCUCACAUCCAAAUCAUCAUCAUCAUCUCCAUUUUUCUUUUCUAAUCUUCCCUCCCAACUUCUCCUAUAUUGUUGAACUCCUUCAAAUAUUUUUAGAUGAAGGACACCAAGUGCCAUUACAGAUUUUCCUAGUAUGCAUAUAUGUAUCUCAUCCAUGGUUUGUUCUAUGUAAGUUUCAUCCAUCCAUCUAUUCAUCACCUUCUCUAAAUACCCAAUUCAUCUCCACCCUUCAUUUUAUGUAUUUCUAUUGCAUCUCAUCUUCACUGUAAUCUCAAAAUUAUAGUUGCAACAUGACACACCCACUUUCAAUUUUUGUACUAAUGGUGGUGGCACUUCUCGUGCCGCCGACUUGGGCCACAUCGAGGGGCGGUUUCCACGACAUUGCUCCGAAAGGGAUCCGAGUCGAUCUAUUCCACGUAGACUAUGGUGGAAAUUUCACUAAGCUCGAGCUACUUCAACGAGCAAUCAAGCGAGGAAAACAUAGACUAGAGAGGUUGAAAGCUGGUGAUGUCCUAGCUGCCGACGACGGUAGUGAUGAACUCCAAGCUCCCGUUCAUGCAGGUAAUGGUGAGUUUCUCAUUAAUCUCUCUAUAGGCACCCCGACCGUGCCAUUCUCAGCGAUUGUAGACACAGGGAGCGAUUUGAUAUGGACCCAAUGCAAGCCAUGUACUAGUUGUUACAAUCAGCCCACACCCAUUUUCGAUCCAUCCAAGUCAUCUUCAUACUCCAAUCUACCUUGCUCCAGCUCACUAUGCAAAGCUCUUCCCACUUCCACAUGCAGCCCAGAUUGUGAAUAUCUCUACGCAUACGGUGACUACUCAACAACCCAAGGCGUUCUAGCAAGUGAGACUUUCACCUUCGGCAGCAAAAUCACAGUACCCCACAUCGGUUUUGGGUGUGGUGAUGACAAUGAAGGGAAAGGAUUCAGCCAAGGUGCUGGUCUGGUGGGCCUUGGGUGGGGACCACUAUCACUCAUUUCACAACUGGGUGCAGGCAAGUUCUCUUAUUGUCUAACCUCAUUGGAUGACUCCAAAACCAGCCCUCUAUUUUUUGGGUCCACAGCUAGUUUCGGUAAAGGCCUCAAGGUGGGGUCCACCCCACUAAUAAAAAACCCAUCUCAGCCAACAUUCUAUUAUCUCUCAUUGGAAGGUAUUACAGUUGGUGGGACCCUCCUAUCCAUUCCAAAAUCCACAUUUGCAUUGAAAGAUGAUGGGAGUGGUGGUCUGAUCAUAGACUCAGGUACAAGCAUCACAUAUCUAGAAGAAGUUGGAUACAAGCUCGUGAGGAAGGCCUUUGUGUCUCAAGUUCAGUUGGAGGAGGCUGACGCGUCAUCGACCGGUCUCGAUCUCUGCUUCUCCCUGCCGUCGGAUGCUUCAACGGUCGAAGUGCCUAAGUUAGUUUUCCACUUCAAUGGUGCUGAUUUGGAUUUACCGGCCGAGAACUACAUGAUACUUGAUUCUAGCACCGGUUUGCUCUGCCUCACGAUCAUGGAUUCCACUGGAAUGUCGAUCUUCGGAAACUUCCAACAACAGAACUUGCAGUUCGUUUACGAUUUGCAGAAAGAGACGUUGUCGUUCGCACCCGUUCAAUGCGAUCAGCUGUGAAUUUUUUGUGAUGCAUUGCUAGUAAGAUUUUGUUGGAUUGUAUUACAAUACAAAUUCUAUAUCCUGUUUGCAUGGAUGGCAUGAUCAUCAAUCUGGACCGUCUGUAUGGUACACUUCACUUUGCAUUGAUCAUGGCCCAUUAGUCGUUCUGAACCGACGAUCCUAGCCAUCCAAGCAAUCAAUCUUUUUAACUGUUGGAUUUGGACAUUAUUUGUAUCUUUUAUUAUACAGUGUGACUUGAUUCCGAGUGUUGAGUUGGAAUUAACGAGUCUUAACUGA